AGCACAUGUCUUGUAAGCGAAAUUGCGCUCGACGAAAGGAGGCUAGAGCUGUUUUGUAUUGUUGCCGAUGCCCCGCCUCUGAUGGUAGCCUUAAACCUGGCACCCAGCUAAAACAAACCAAAGCCAGCACCGAGCUCCCACUCAAUCCAAUUAAGGCGGACUUGAGGCGCUCUCCUACGUGUUCAUCUACCAGGAUCGACGUUGAGACAACAGGAACCAGAGGGGCUUUGGCCAAAAAAAAAAAAAAAAAGAAGAGAAGGAGAGAUUGCCUUGCCUUCUAAUUUCUCCCUCUCCAGCCCCAGAACAAUGUCGAUGAGCCCUAAGCAUACGACUCCUUUUUCUGUUUCCGAUAUCUUGAGUCCCCUUGAGGAGAGCUAUAAGAAAGUAAGUAUGGAGAAUAACAACUUGGGGGCACCUCUCACUUCUUACCGGCAGCCGCAGGUCUCUCAGGCGGCGAUGCAGCAGCACCACAUGGGCCAUAAUGGGACUGUGUCUGCGGCUUACCACAUGACUGCGGCAGGUGUUUCUCAGCUGUCACACUCGGCCAUGGGGGGCUACUGUAACGGCAACCUGGGAAACAUGGGCGACCUGCCGUCGUACCAGGACGGCAUGAGGGGCAGCACCACGGCCACCGGCUGGUACGGAGCCAACCCGGACCCGCGCUUCUCCACCAUUUCUCGCUUCAUGGGCUCGUCGUCGGGCAUGAACAUGGGCAGCAUGGGCAGCCUCAGCUCCCUGGCAGACGUGGGUAAGGGCAUGGGCUCCCUGUCCAGCACCCCGAGGAGAAAGAGACGGGUGCUGUUCUCCCAGGCGCAGGUCUACGAGCUGGAGCGACGCUUCAAGCAGCAGAAGUACCUGUCGGCACCGGAGAGGGAACACCUGGCAAGUAUGAUCCACCUCACCCCGACCCAGGUGAAAAUCUGGUUUCAGAACCACCGGUAUAAGAUGAAGAGGCAGGCUAAAGACAAAGUGUCCCAGCAGCAGAUGCAGCAGGACAGCGGCUCCUGCCAGCAGCAGCAAUCCCCGCGGAGGGUGGCCGUGCCGGUGCUGGUGAAGGACGGCAAGCCCUGUCAAGGCAGCGGCCACACGCCCACAUCCUCCGCACAGACCCUCCACCAGCAAGGGGGCAAUGUCAUGAUCAUGUCCAACAACACCUCCGGCCUCGGGCAGCACCAGAGCCAGCAGGUGGGAAGCACGGGUCACUCUCCAGAUUUGGCGCCGCACUCCUCCAGUCCGCCGUCCCUGCAGAGCCAAGUGGCCGGCCUCUCUCACCUCAAUUCCCCCGGCGGAGAGUACGGCUCAGCCCUGCAGUGUUCAGCCCUGUUAUACGGCAGGACGUGGUGACAAGAGGCGCCGGCUAUUUAAACCGAUUCUUAUAUUUAAAGAAGAAGAAAAAAAGACAUAUUUUUACUGUAAAUGUGCGCAUCUGAACAAGAGCCGAGUGAAGUCGGCAACGCUCUUCUUGAAUUUUCACCUUUUUGGAAGGAAGUGUGACUUAUAUGGAAGGAAGGAAGGAAGGAAGGGCACAAACACUUUUGACCAUAAAACUGCGGAAGUUUUGGGAUUUAUUUAUGUAAAUUAUAUUGAGACAAAAGACGAAUCAGCAGUCAUAUAGGCCGCAGUAGUUCGGGGAAAGUGAACCUGAACAGGGAAACUGUUGUAUAUGGAUGCUGUUAUAUUCCCCCUCACACACACACGUGACUCUGAUUUAUAUAGAAUUUAAUGUAAGCCGUAGAUCUAGCUUGUAUAUUUCUGUGAAAUGUUUGAAUUUUAGCUAUCUGUUGUACAAAGUUUUUGACGCUAUUGCCGGUUUGUUGUCGUUUCAUUGGUAUUUGUACGUUUUAUUUCUUUGUAACUUAUAUAGAUAUUUGACUUACUACAAAACAGUCCUAUUAAUAAAUUAUGGAAACAAGAAAGUUAAGCUUUUUUUGUGAAAUAUGUCAACAUAUGCGGUGUUAAAUGGCGGAAAUAUUCCUUUUGGGAAAAAGUCAAUAGAGCAAAAAUUAAACCAGUAGCCUACAGUCUUGUUAUUGUUAUUAUUAUUAUUAUUAACAUUUAUUAUUAUUAUUUGCUCGUUUUCUACGAUAGGUGGUUUAGUUAUUUCUUAAAGAAAUCUAUUAAUUAUUGUAGGAAAAUAAAUCCAGACAUCCAUGUCGUUAAAUAGGUUCAUUUUUGGCAAACUGACAGGACUAAAUACUUUAUCAACACUCGGGCUCUUAUUCUGACAUGACAAUUAAAUACCGGAGCCUAUUUUUCUUCUUUAUUCUCUGACAAAUCACACCGGCUCUGGCUUAUCGUUACAGGCUAAAGCUCACACAAGCGUGCCCUGCAGAGUAAACGGACCCUUUAUGAGCUGUUUCUUUUCUCUUUCUCUGGUGUUUGACUGUGUGAGUCAGAAAGGUGAGGUCUUUUCGGCUCCACAACAUCAAACGCGAACGCUGCUCAAAGAAAAGCUUAUCGACGAAAUCCCUGACCAAACAGCGCGGUGUUCUCCUCAAAUAACUCGCGAGGCCGAACUGUCGGCGCGGGAGCUAUCAGCAGGUUUCUCAAUAAUCAAUCAGGGGUAUUGAAAGGAAACGGCGAAAGGCUGUUUGUGCUCGGUGUCAAUAGCAAACCAGCCCAAACGUUUCUUUAAAGAUUAGACUGUAUUUUAGGGUGUUUGAUACUUCCCAGUGCUUUUUUUAACGGCCGCAAGAAUG